AUGUGGCCCACGGCUCCCCCUGGCCUCCUAUUUUGGGAAGGUGCAAGCCCAAACCUAGCUUUCGAGUUCACCAUGAACACAGAAACACCGUACAAUUUCAGUGGUCAAUUCCGUGGCCGAGGUAGUCUCGACCUUGGCGAAGGGCUCGAGAUGCCAUCCCAAGGUGGAUCAAUUCAAGGUUUCAAUAACCAUGGCUCGCUCAGGAACCAUUCAAACAGCUCGUUGGACUCCCAUCGAGGUCGACAUGAGGGUGGGGAGUCCUCUCGCAAUAUGAAUCACAAGAGGACUCCCAACCCUCAUGUCGAAGGCCGCUUGGAGUAUCCACCUCGAAGAGAACGCGAUGACCGGUCUCGAUCCCCCUCAGGUCAACGCUUCAGCACACAAGCUGGUGCUGAACCGCCAUCCGGCGGUCUCGCAUAUCAACAAGAUUUGCGAAAUUUCCGAGAUCUCGACUUACCAAACCCUAAUCGACUAGCAGAUGAAGUCAGCGACGGGCCAGCUAUGUUUUCAAGUCCCCUCCCCGCCCCAACCAUGCAAACCUUUCACGCAAUGGCGAUGAGGUGUGGUUUGGAAGGCCCUUUUCUUGCUUACGCGAAGGACCAAGCGGAGGUAUAUGGUGAGACCAACCGGCAUUUGGGUCAGGUCACCGCGAAUUCCAAACUCCUCAUGGAGUUAGCACGUGUCAAUGCACCACCUCGAGGUCCAUCACCUGAAACCGAAUUAGGACAAGCACCAGCAUCCGCCUUGGCCAAACCUAACAGCGCCCUAAAGUGGCGCCCCAGCUCCAAACUUCUGGGGUUGAUCAACCCCUUGGCCCUCAAACUCCUUUUCUCACCGAUAAUCCAGUCGUAUACCGCGCUCGAAAGCGUGUCGGAAGGGUAUCUUCCAGACUCGUUAUUCAAUACUAUCAAGAAAACCGUUGCGAAAGAAGGCGCGGUAUUCGCGGCCGAGCACCUUCCUCGCCAGAUCUGCGGAGUGGAAGAAGCCCCUGACGCACAGACCUAUGCCAGCGCCCUAAAAAAGGCUGGCAAACAUGCUAGAGAAAAAUUGCACAACGUUCUCUUGGUAGGCAUUCACGAUUCUAAAACCAAAGAGCGGGUUGACGUGGCGGUUCCGAAUAUCAAAGGCAUGGUCCAACGCGUGGCUGUGAGGUGUGGAGUUGCCGGUGAGAAGGUUGGCGUGGAAGUCGUUUGGGCAGCGACCGACCGGCCAACACGGGCACGAAUUGCCUAUCUUCGUCGAGAAGCGGCGCGGUUGGUGCUCAAAGGGGGUAGAGGAUCUGAAUCCAUUUGGGCUGUAGUGGAUUGGAAGCUUUCCGAGCUGCGAUUGAAGGGGAAUGAAGACUAUACGACUGCCUUUUAUCAAAUUGUCUAUGAGGAGGACCGCGAGUACUUCGAUGGCAAAGUUUGGUUCAAGCACCUGCAAGAACGAGAGCCAAAAGUCACUUUGGACUUGCCAUCAGACGAAGCCAUCAUGGCACGCAUCGCUGGGGGCGGAGCGAAUCCGACUCCGUCUGGAUCUAAUACUAGCUCGAUCCACAAUCCAGCAGCAAAUUAG